AUGUCCCCCCCAACACUCACCCAAUCCCUCCUCGCCGGUUCCCUAGCCGGAACAUCCGUCGACCUCCUCUUCUUCCCGCUCGACACGCUCAAGACGCGUCUCCAGAGCCGGCAGGGUUUCUGGCGCGCGGGGGGGUUGGGGGGCAUAUAUAGAGGUGUGGGGAGUGUGGUUGUUGGUAGUGCGCCGGGGGCGGCAGCGUUCUUCGUCAUGUACGAACAGAUGAAGCAUCUCCUCCUUCCCCUCCUACCCGGGGAACAAUCCGCGCCUGCACGACACCUCCUAGCCGCCAGCACGGGCGAGAUAUGCGCAUGUCUCGUGCGCGUCCCUACAGAGGUAGUCAAGUCCGCAGCUCAGACGGGUGCUUACGCAGUUUCGGCCGCUGCUGGCGUGGAGCGGAGUGGGACUGGGAGCGGGACUGGGAGCGGGACUGGGGUUAUAGGGAAAGGAAAAGUAGGGAGCUGGGAGAGCGCAAGGAGGUUAUGGGGCACUGAGGGGUUGAGAGGGUUCUACAAAGGGUUCGGGACGACCGUUGCUCGUGAGAUCCCAUUCACGUCCAUCCAGUUCCCGCUAUAUGAGCAACUCAAGUCUCUCUUCUUCCGCUACAGUGGGCGCAAGGCUUAUUCUGGAGAAGCAGCUAUAUGCGGGAGCGUAGCUGGGGGAGUAGCAGCAGCGAUCACGACGCCGUUAGACGUAGCGAAAACACGUGUUAUGCUGGAGAUGCGUACUGGAGGGAAAGGGAAGAGUAUUUACGGCCGAUUGUUGCAGAUCCGUGCUGAGGAGGGAGUGCGAGCGUUGUUUGCGGGAGUGUUACCCCGUACAGUGUGGAUCUCUUGUGGUGGUGCUGUCUUCCUAGGCGUGUAUGAGUGGGCCAUAGCAAUACAGUUGCCAUAAAUGGAC